GCAACCCCAUUCUGUCAUUCAAUUACAUACAAUACAUAUACAUAUAUAUAUAUCUCUAUAUACUACCAUAAUCUAUGAAUAUAUGAGAAGUGUGUUUUAGAGAGAGAGAGAGAAAGAGAAAGAAAGACAAGGGAUUUUCUGGGUUCACAAGAUGUCAUUUCUUCUUGACUCUAAUAGUUGCAGAGACUAGACUAGAGAGAGAAACAGAAGUAUAGAGAGAGAUAGAGAGAGAGAGAGCCAUUAUUCAUUCCGUUACAUAUAUACAUACAUAGAUCCCUUUGUCCUUUUCUCUCCUGUUUUCCCUUUUCUGCAGAAUCUCUCUACCUGAAAAUUACUAUUCCCCUCUUUGCCCUUUUUCUCAUUUCCAUUUCCAUGGAACUUUUCUUCUCCCUCUUUCUGCUCAACCACACCCACACCGCACCUUCUCCGGCGCCGCCGCCGCCGCGAAUCGGCCAAUUCCGGCCGGGCAUAGCCGUGAUCGUGGCGGUUCUGACCACCGUCUUCUCCGCAACAUUCUUACUGUUAAUGUACAUGAAGCAUUGCAGACGAGAGGCCUACGCCGUUCCCAACCCCAAUGCCGCCGGCAGGGGAUAUUAUUACACGGCGACGGCGAAUAGGAACUCCGGCGUGGACAGGAAGGUGAUCGAGUCGCUGCCGAUGUUCAGAUUCUCGUCGCUGACGGGGCAGAAAAAAGACGGCCUCGAAUGCGCCGUCUGCCUGAAUAAGUUCGCCGCCGACGAGGUUCUCCGGCUGCUGCCGAAAUGCAAACACGCUUUCCACGUCGAGUGCGUGGACACGUGGCUCGACGCUCACUCCACGUGCCCGCUCUGCCGGUGUCGGGUCGACCCGGAAGACGUGCUCCUCUUAGACUGCGGCGCCGCCGGAUCGGCGCCGCCGCGGAAUAGUGGUAGUAAGAGGAUUUCCGGCCGGCACUCGUCGGCCGGCGAGAGGGGCAGCGCCGCCCUGGAAAUGAUAGCCGAGAAAUCGAAUCCGAAUCCAAAUUCAAAUUCAAAUCCGAAUCCGGGUCGGCCCGAUUUCCUUGGGAGGGUUUCCCUCGACAGCUGGCACUCCCGUCGCAAAUCAGGGAACCCUAAUCCCCAAAUCCUGGAAAAUCAGGGGAGGUCAAAUUCAAAAACCGGCGCCGCCCGGAAAGACGGGCAGCUGCUGGGGGCGGCGGCGGCGGACCGGCUGGAGCACCGGAUCGUGAUAUCGGCGGCGGAGGGGCCGCGGCGGUGGAGCGACGCCCAGGCGGCGGAGAUUCUGUACUUAAGGGCGGGGGAGAUGAUAGUGAGCGGCAAUGGUAAUGGCAGAAGCGUAAAUAAGGAGAGAAGCGUGUCGGAAAUUACAGGGGUUAGUAGGUAUACGUGUAAUAAUAGAGAUGGGAAAGGGAAAGGGAAAGGGAAGCAGGAGGAGGAAGAAAGGGCUGUUGUAAGAAGGUGGUUGGAUUGGAUUUCACAAUCUGAACCAGCUGGACACUCUGCACCAGGAGGAGCUUCCAUAGUUGUAUGAAGGAAGGAUUUUUUUUUUUUUUUAUAAUUAAUGCUGCCCUCUGCCCUGCCCUGCCCUGACCUGACCGAUUUGGUUGAUCUGUAUUUGCUUCUCACUGCCCGUGCCCGUGGCCAUGAAAUUUUAUCCAUUAGGGCCACCCUGUCACGUUUGUCGACAUGUCCAGUCCUCUUCUACUACAAAUUCUGUAGGUACACUACACGAAAUCAUUCAAUGUUAGAAGAUCGAUAUCAAUUUUCGGGUGAAUUCAAUUGCAUAAUUAAUGUACCCAUGGGUUUUGUCCAACGUGUUUUUAUUUAUUUAUUGUAUAAUAGUUUUUUA